AUGGCUCUCGAUAAAUUACUAGGACUUGGAAUGCUCGCGGUAGCUGCCUUUGUAUUUUCAUACUAUACAACAUGGGUAUUUGUCCUCCCCUUUGUUGAUGACGCGUCACCAAUCAACAAAUUCUUCUUACCAAGAGAUUAUGCAAUUAAGUUGCCAUUCUUGCUUUUGCUAAUUGCUGGACUUGGUGUGGGUACAUUCAUUGGCAAAGUCUUGAUCAAGAAUCUGCAGAAACAAAAGAGUAAGAAAAAGGCACAAUAA